AUGGCGACUUUGAAGAUCUCGGAGAGCAACAGCUCGCCGCUCGCGCAACCGCCGUUCAAGGUCUAUAAACGACGGUUCUGGGGCCUGGCGCAACUCGUGCUUCUCAACAUCGUCGUCAGUUGGGAUUGGCUCACUUUCUCGUCCAUCUCCACCACUGCCGCGGAGUAUUUCCAAGUCUCCGAGAGUGCUAUCAAUUGGUUAAGCACCGGCUAUCUGUUUGCAUUCUGCGUUGCCAGUCCCUUCGUCAUCUGGAUCCUGAACAAAGGCGGUCCCAAACCAGCGAUCGUCACCACCGCUUCGCUCCUGCUCGUGGGCAACUGGCUGCGCUAUGCAGGCACCCGAGCCAGUGGCGGCAUAUUUGGGCUCGCUAUGUUCGGCCAGAUCCUGAUCGGUCUGGCGCAACCAUUCUGCCUGUGCGCGCCCACCCGCUACAGUGACCUGUGGUUCUCAGACAAAGGCCGCACGAGUGCAACAGCCCUCGCCAGCUUGGCCAACCCUCUUGGCGCAGCGAUAGGACAAUUGGUGGACUCGGAGUGGGCGACCAAGCCCUCCGAUAUCCCAAACAUGGUCCUGUACAUCUCUAUCAUUUCCAGCGUUGCAUCAAUACCAUCUUUUUUCCUGCCCGCUGCACCACCGACUCCCCCAAGCGCCUCAUCUGCCAUCCCCCGCACGCCACUGAUACCCGCAACUAAGCAAUUACUCGGUACGCUAGAAUUUUGGUUAAUUCUGGUACCAUUCGCGGUAUAUGUCGGAUUCUUCAAUAGCGUUUCGUCCCUGGUGACCCAGAUCCUGAGUCCAUACGGAUACUCCGAGACCGACUCGGGUAUCGCGGGCGCAGUCCUGAUCGUAGUAGGAUUGGUAACAGCCGCAAUCAUGUCGCCAAUCACGGACAAGUGGAAACACUACCUCGGCUCGAUCCGUGUGUUGGUACCAAUCGUGGUGGCCUCGUAUAUCGGUUUAAUAUUCGCGCCAUCCAGUUCAGCCGGCAUUGCUCCGUCGUAUGUAGUCAUGGCGUUGAUGGGCGCCUCGUCAUUCGCGCUUCUGCCUAUCGUUUUGGAGUAUCUGGUCGAAAUCACAUAUCCCUUCUCGCCGGAGAUUGGGAGCACCAUCUGCUGGACGGGCGGACAGUUGCUCGGCGCUUGUUUCAUUCUCAUUCAGGAUGCGCUCAAGGCUAGUGACAAGGCGAAUCCUCCUUCAAAUAUGCGCAAUGCGCUCAUUUUCGCUGCAGUUAUUUCUUUCGUCGCUGCACCAUUCCCUCUAGUUAUAGGAUUGUUUGGGCGAGAUGUCCAGCGUCGGAGGUUGGAGGUUGACCGUGGUGUCGAGCUGCAUGCCGCAGAAGCCGGACAGGGUGAUCCCUGCGGUCCGAACAAGGACAUCUCACAGAUCAAUUCCGCAUCUCCUCUGGACAGGUUGGCUCUCAAGUCUGCUGAAACCUAG